AUGCGUAUUGUAUAUGAACUUAAUGGUAAAACCUUCGUUAUUACAGUUGUACCUAAUAAUGAAAAUUCACUGAAGCUGGGCUUUCAGUGUACUUGUGAUGCAAUUGGAACAGAUAAUAUUAAAUCAAGUCCAUCAACAGCAAUUAACAAAUGCUAUCAAAAUACUUUUAAAACAAAAACCGAAUACUCUG